GGCAGCUGACCCGUCGUUGCUAAGGCAGUUAGCCAGUUAGCAUAAUGACUUUAGCUUUUAAAAAUAUUUUACUUGUUGAAAUAUUUGCGAUUUUUGCUGGCGACAAAAUGUGCUAACUGUAAUGGAAAAAAUGUUGUCCAUAAUUGUCGAUGACAUGUUACAGACACUAGCUAUCUGUUAGCCAUAUGGCGAGCUGCUCACUGUUGUUGACAGACAGACUGUACAGAUAUAGCGAAGUCAUACGUGAUUUUAUAGAUAUAUUUUUGUGAAUAAGUGCAAUAUGGACACGAAUGUUCAGAAGAGACGAGAAAACAAAAAGUCAUUACGGGUUAAGGUCAUUAGUCUGGGGAAUGCAGAAGUAGGGAAGAGUUGCAUUAUUAAACGAUAUUGUGAGAAGCGAUUUGUGCCCAAAUAUCUGGCCACUAUAGGUAUAGAUUAUGGAGUAACCAAGGUUCAGGUUCGGGACAGGGAGAUAAAAGUUAACAUUUUCGAUAUGGCUGGACAUCCAUUCUUCUAUGAGGUACGUAAUGAGUUCUAUAAGGACUCUCAAGGGGUUAUUCUAGUCUACGAUGUUGGUCUGAGAGAGAGCUUUGAUGCUCUGGACAGCUGGCUUACAGAGAUGAAGCAGGAAAUGGGAUCACAGGCCAACAUGGAGAACAUCAUCUUUGUCGUGUGUGCCAACAAGGUUGACUUGACGAAAAGACGAGUGGUGGAUGAGAGUGAGGGGAGACUUUGGGCUGAAAGCAGAGGGUUUCAUUACUUUGAGACUUCUGCCCAGAGUGGUGAAGGCAUCAAUGAAAUGUUUCAGGCUUUUUUCUCUUCUAUAACGGACAUGUGUGAGAACGGAGGGAAACGACCCACUCCAGAGGUCAAUGUAGGUUUUACCAAAGAGCAGGCUGACACUAUCCGGCGCAUCCGCAAUAGCAAAGACAGCUGGGACAUGCUGGGGGUUAAACCAGGGGCCACAAGGGAAGAAGUCAACAAGGCAUAUAGGAAGUUGGCUGUACUGUUGCAUCCAGACAAGUGUGUGGCUCCAGGCAGCGAGGAUGCCUUUAAAGCAGUGGUUAAUGCCCGCACUUCCCUGCUCAAGAAUAUCAAUCGAUCAGCUUCACAUUGCCGUUAAUUGGAGUUGGAGAGUUGCUUCGCAUUAGCAGAGUUGCCUUGUCAAUGAAGAUUAAACUUAGGACACAUGGAGAAGCCUCUGGACUUCAGCAAAGAUGCAGAUACAGCUGAGUUUGAUAUACAGCUAUGGCACAGUUACCAUAAUGUAAUAUGCAUUUUUCAGUUAAAUGGGCAACAUCAAUAAUGCUUUAAAGAAGUGUAUCUGUCUAGCCACAGCCCAGAUCCAUUGCUCAGUAACUAAACUGCACUGUUUAGGCAUGAAGCUUGAUGAUGACCUAAGUGGACCUUUUCUCCUCCCAACCUAUUGUGAGACUUCUGACUUUAUUGUUUUGCUCAGUCCUAUAGGAGUCCAGGUGAAAUACCACUAAUUUACUGAUUUGCGAGACAGACUUAGCGUCCUAAUGCUGUUGUUAAAUCCUGACAUGCCUCGCAAGGACGCGGUGGCCAUUUGUGUGAUUAGCAGGCACUUCUCUACUUCACCUCAGCUCACUGCAAAGAGAAGGAUAAUACCUGGAAAGAAACAGUGUAACUUGUCCAAUACCUUUGCAUCAGUGCAAUACAACACAGUAGAUUUGGAAGAAACCAGUGUGACUUUUAUGGGAGUCGUCUUCUUAGUUUGAACACCCGAUUUCACUCACUAGUGUAUUACUGGUCCUUGGUCAUUUAAAGAUAUUUUAAUUCCAUUAGACAAAGAAGAACUGGAAACACUUUAUAAUAUGGCUCCAUUCGUUAACAUUAGUUAAUGCAUUUAUUAUCAUGAACAAACAAUUAACUAUGUAUAUAUAUUUUGCAGCAUUUAUUAAUCUUUGUUAAUGUUUUUUUAAUAAAAAUACAAUUGUUCAUUGUUAGUUCAUGUUAGUUCAUAGUGCAUUAACUAAUGAUAAAUACAUUUUAAAAAUGUAUUGGUAUAUGUUGAAAUUAACAUGAACUAUGCUGUUAAAUUAUUGUUCAUUGUUAGUUUAUGUUAACUAAUGUUGUUAACUAAUGUUAACAAAUGGAACCUUAUUGUAAAGUGUUACCAAAACAUUUUGUUAAUUGCAUUUGUACAUUAGUUAUUAAACGUGGGUACAAUAUUUAAUAUUUAUAAUAAUGGAUUUAUCAAAUGUAGGAUAUAGGUUGUGGUUAUUGGUGUCAAGACUGCUAAAUUACAAUGUUUUGUGUAAACAUACAGUUAACCACUCUUCACAACACAUUUUUGGGGUUUUGCAAAGUGCAAAGCCAACAAAACCAAUAUGGACCCUUUUCACAGACCUUUGAUGAUGCAUUUCCACUCCAUUUAGCAGCAUAAAUCUAGCAUAGUUUUUAUAUUUUUAAUUUUUUGAGUUAGUAAAUGUGCAUGUAUAAUGUUAUUCUUUAUUAUUAACUGGCCAUUAAUUAAAAAUCAACACUGCUAGGAUGGAGUUUCAAAUACAGUAGCUAAGGUAUUGACAAUAACUGUUGUAAUCCAUCUCUCUCAAUGUAUUCCUCUUUUGGAAAGUAGUGAAAACCUAACAGUAGAUUGUUUCUUUUGCUGUUGGAACAAAUUUCAUUUUCAUUUAUUUAUUUAUUUGUCAAGGACAAUACACAUUAAUCAUUAAUCAAACAUCUUACUUAUGUAAAUGCAUCAGAUUUAGCCAAUGGCUAAUUUUUAUCUGCUGUCCCUGGGCAGGUUGAUGUCAAAGGUCAAAAUGACACUCAAAAUACAUAAUUUUAAAUAUCGAAAAAUACACAUUAUACAAAAAUCAAUCAAAAUCAAUCAGGAACAAAUCUUAAAAAAAUAAAACAUGAAACUCAAAAACACAAUAUAAAAAAAUCCCUAAGGCAAUACUAACACUUAACACCAUGUUGGCAGUUCUGGUUUGACAUUAACCAGACUUUUCAAAUCAGCUGGAAGUCCAUUCCAGUCAUGGGUUGCUCUAAAAGCAAAUGAUAAUUGACCAAAAACACUCUUACUUAAUGGUAUUUUACAAUCACCCCUAAUGCCAGCCCUAGUUAUGAGAAUGCACAUAUUAUAUUUGCUGUUGUUUACCAUUCACUGCUAAAGAAGUUUACCCCACUACAGUUUACUUCACUUUCCAAACCCAGAUAUGUGAGAAGGGUCCAUUGAUAUUGGUGAAGUAGUUUAGGUUCCUUAAAUUAUGAUGCAUGUGAUAAAUGGAAAUUUGUAAUAUAGUUUAUUAUUUUAAAAUGGAUUAAGCAUGUAAGAAACUCUCAGCGAACCUGUCCUGUGAUUGUGUCUGAUCCUAGGAUACUGUAUGGAGAAAGGGUCUUUGUUUACAUACUGGAAGACAUCAAAUACAUUAUUAAGAAUAUUUCAACUGUAACAUUAGCAGAAAUGCCCAACAAAUCUGUGUAUAUGUGCCAACAUGCAUUAGUUUGACAGUGUUUUGUUUGGCUCUUGUAUAUUAAAAGUUCUAUGUAAAAAUCACUAUAAUGCAAUUAUAUAAAAUAUUGUAUUUUUUAUGGACUUGUGGAGUUUACAUCAUGAUGUGAGUGUACAUGUUAUAUUUUAAAAUAUUUAUGUAAAAAUACACAUUUUGUGAUCUUAAUUUAAUAACAUUUAUUUACUUUAAGAUCAUUUGUUUUAUUUUUCCUUAAUUUCCUGCUUCCUUUGAAGCACGUUGUAUAAAGUUGUUUGAGGGAAUUGGAUUAUGUGCUGCCUUGUUCUCUUCUGUAUGUUGGACUAUGUAAUGUGUACCUGUUUACCCCAACGUUUAGUUACUUCACCCAUAAUGUGAAGAGAUGAUAUGUCACUAAUAGCUACCCUCACUAUACAGAACCACAUCUUUGAACUGGAUUGACUGAAUCACUUUGUAUUGUUUUUGCCUUUCAUUUCAUUGAAUGACACUGAUGUAAAAAAUGUGUUAAAAGGCAUGAGCUAAGAAGCAUGAACAAACAUAUCUGUGAUGAUACAGAACUCAAAGAUCAGGCCUGUUUACAUGAAGGACAAGGCCACUGCUUAAUGAGGAAAGUUAUGGCUCUGUUUUAUGCACAGAAGCAUUGACUUUCUCCAUUCGGGUUACACUAAUAAAGGAACAAUCGUAAAUUA